ACGAUUCGUCGGUUUUUUUUCUCGAUUUGCAAACAUUUAAUAUAUUGCGCUACAAUUAUCAUAAAGUGUGUGUGUGUGUGUGUGUUAAUUUUGUCAUUUUUAAUUUUGUGUGUGUGUGUGUGACUUAUAGUAAUGAUUACGCUAAACAGUGAUUAAAAUUGUAUUGGACAUAUAGAAAUGUGCAAUCAUGUACUUGGGCCUGGUUGUUUGUGGCCAGAAUACAUCAUCAAUUAUGAUUAUGAUUUCAUUAUUAAUCAUUAUUAUAAUGGUCAACGAUAUAAUAUUCGAAUGUAAUCAUUUCAUAUUUGUUCAAUGUCGAUUUGAUUUUAAUAGAAUUAAAUUUGAAAAAAAACAAGCACUUCUUUAUAAACAAAUCCAGCUUCGAUGUUCAUUACGACCGGAAGAUUCAAUAGAUUCAUUUAUGGUUAUCAAAAACAACAACAACAACGACAACAACAAUGUAAGGCCUUUUCAUCAUCAUCAUCAUCAUCAUCAUCACCAUCAACGCCAUUAUGGUGGCUCCUUUAAUCAUCAUCAUCAUCAUUUUAAAUCCAAUCUACAGAAAUCGAUGACCGAUGUUGUUAUGUUAAUAUUUUGGUUCAAAGGAUUAAAUUCAAAAGCACCAUUUUUAACAAUAGAUACUCGUGAUCAUUAUAUUAGUGGUGGUGACUACCAACAGAUGACGACAUCUGCUAAACCCUUGGAAAUGAUCAUCAACAAACAGGCUGCCAUCUCUCGCGUUAAUUUUGAAUCAAAAUCGAAUUUUUUAAAAUUUAAUUUCUCCAAUGUUUCGAAUGAAGCCAUGUUCCAAACGAACGGUGUGACUGAUUCAUUUUUGGAACGCACAACCUAUCGAAUUGAUUAUCAACAGCAAUUGGCCUAUCUUUUCAUUGAACGAAUUUUAGCCGAAGACGAAGGUAUCUAUCGAUGUAGAGUGGAUUUUCGUCAUUCUCGUACAAUCAAUUGGUUUAUUCACGUAGAAUUGAUCAUUCCUCCCACCAAAGUGUUCAUUAGUGAUCAUAAUCACACAUUAAUCACCGACGGUGGCCUUGCUGGACCUUAUCUCGAAGGACAAUACAUUGAAUUAAUCUGUGAAACUAAACAAGCCAAACCAUUACCACAAGUGCUUUGGUAUGAAGGUUCAACAUUGAUUGAUGAUUCCUAUGAACUUGUUUCGGAUUCUGAUUCUCGACACAACAAUGUUUCAACGGAAUCAUCGGAUAUGAAUACUUUCAACUAUCUAUAUAAAACAUUAGUACGUGCAAGAAAUCGAUUAAAAUUGAUACAGCCAUUAAUACGACAGGAUCUUUUCCGUCAAUUUCGUUGUAUAGCAAUGAAUAGUGAAAUGAUUGAACCAGUGGCAAGUAUGGUUCAAAUUGAUCUUAUACUGCCUCCAAUCAAUGUUGAAAUAGUGUUAGACACAAAAGAAGCCUUUCAUAAAGGACAGGAUGCACAAAUUCUAUGUCGAUCAUAUGGAUCACGUCCAGUGGCACAAAUACAUUGGUAUAGAAAUGGACAAAGAAUUCUUUCUCGUAUCGAAUGUGUUAUACACAGAGAUUAUUAUGACAUUGAACAAAAUGUUUCCAGAAGUAUAAUGAAUUUUGUACCAGAUGAAAAUGAUGAUGGUAUUGAAAUUGUUUGUCAAUCAAUCAAUAUACGAUUGGAUCAAAAUCAAGCUGUCCAGGAUCAACAUCGUAUCACUGUUCAUUAUAUGCCAAUCAUACAAUUAUCAUUAUAUGAAACAAAUGAACAGAAUUUAUUGGCAGAAAAUUCUUCCAUUCGUCUUUGGUGUCGAAUAAAUGCAAAUCCAUUUCCUAACAAAUCGGCUAUAUGGUUUUUCAAUUCAACUCGUAUAACAGAAUCGAAUGAUCGAUUCACCAUUUUAGAUAAUAAUCAACUAUUGAUUGAUUGUCUUCGAUCUGAAUAUCAUGAUGGUUAUUAUUAUUGUUUGGCAGAAAAUUCUCAAGGACGUAAUCGAAGUAAUGAUUUUUUAUUACAAGUUUCUUAUGUUCCUAGAUGUCGUAACAGUGAAACAUCUAUUUCUGUUGCAAUUAAUCAAACAAAAGCAAUCGUCUGCGAAGUGGAUGCACGACCAUCUUUAGUAUAUUUCAAUUGGCAUCAUCAUAAUAAUAAUAAUAAUGGUACAUCGAUCACUGUUAAUCGUCUUAAAUAUACAACUCGUGGUAGUACACAAAGUAUUCUUAUGUUCACUCCACGUGAUCAUUAUGAUUAUGGCCAAUUGUCUUGCGUGGCUCAAAAUUCAGUUGGUAAAACUGUAAAACCGUGCAUCUAUACUAUCAGACCAUAUGGUCCACCGGAACCUAUUUAUAAAUGUAUCGUUGAUAUUUUCGAUACAAGAUAUCUGAGCAGUAGUAGUAGUAGUAGCAGCAGCAGCAGCCAAUUAUAUAAUGAUGGUGAUGAUGAUGAUGAAAAAUUGGCACAAUCACCGUUAAUAAAGUGCCAAUAUAAUUAUAAUAGCGGUGUUGAUGGUGGUAGUGGUAUCGAUAUCUAUUGUCAACUUGAAAUUUAUCGAUCAAUCGAUAAUAUUCUAAUAUGGAAUAUGACCAAUAAUGUGGAACAAAUUGAUUCAUGUGUAUUUGAUUUUCCUAUUUCAUGGUUAAUGGCUAACAUUUCCGAUCAUGGUGAAAAUCGUAUUCAAAUUAAUGUUCGAACAUUCAAUCAACAAGGAUCAAGUAAACCAUAUGUAUUCCAUACUCAUCUACCAAUUGCACCAUCAUCAUCAUCAUCAUCACCGCCAUCAUCAAUAUUCACGACAUCUCAAUCAUCAAAUUCAUUGAUACCUCUCAUAUUGAAUCAUAUAAGCGAUUUAAAUGAUACGUCAUCAAUGAAUGAUGAUGAUGAUGAUGCAAAUAAACUUGUUCCUUUUGUUUGGGAUCUUUCAAACAUACAACAUAAAGGUCAAAAGCUAUUCAAGUUGCUAACCGAUAAUGGUAAUUGGAUAUUUGCAUUUGUUUUCCUAUUGUUGGCCAUAUUGAUGGGCUUUCUUGUUCGUACUGUGGUAAGAAUUCAGCAAUUAAAACAAAACAAUCAUCAUGAUGAACAUAUCAUUAGAAAACGAUAUUCAUUACCGAUAACCAAUUCUAACGACGAUCAACCACAAGAUAGAACGUUUGAAUUUGAAAUGAUAACAUCUUUACAACAACAGCAGCAGCAUCAGCAGCAACAACAUUGUUUAAUUGAACAUUUUGACCAUUGUCCACUAUAUGAUCGACAAUUACAAACAAUAAUACAAUCGCGAAACAAUAGCCAACAUGUCCAUUUUACAUCGAAUGAUAAUGAUGAUGAUGAUGGUAAUGAUGGUGAACAAUUCUUCAACUAUAUGGAUGAUGAUGACAAUCGAUGCCUUGAAUUAUUACAAUAUAGAAACGGAAAUUUUAUCAAAUCCAAACAAACAAAUCCAACUACUGAUGAUUGUUCAUCAUCAUUGGUCAUUACAUUGGUUUAA